UGAAACACAGGUACGCCUAGCGCAAACCAUCCCGUGUUUUUUUUAGUGCAGCAGCAACAACAACAGCAGCUCAACCUGCCUGGGAUACCUGUUUCCUAAAGUGCAUCCAUCAAUGUUGAUUGACUUUCACGUAUUCUGAGUGCAUGGACUCUUGAAGGCGACUUAAAGUAUCUUCCUCGGCAUUCCGACGUGCUCCUCAGCCGCAGCAGCGAUCUGUGGGUGAGAGAAACCCGCGCAUUGGACAUCAGAGGCUUGUCGGUGCGGCGCUCGCGAAGGAAAAUAAAAGAUUCGCGCCCAAACGAGUUGAGAACGGAGGAGAGACCCGCCCCUGACUUGAAGAAGAUCAGAAGGCCCCGGAAACCCGAUGAGCACCCCAGGCCCGAGGGGACCGUGGACGGGGAAGGACGUCUCAACCCACAAUCACUCCUUUCCCUCUGCUACAGCACUAGCUUGACCGAAAGCUGACCCUCUUUUCACCCUCGUCAACACCCCACCAACCCCACCCCACCCCCUGCGGGAACUCACCGCUAGCAGCACGCCAGUCACACCUAUCGCAACUGAAAGGGCAGUCCCGCGAGGCUAACAUCACUAGCGAGCGGCGGGUAGCCCGAGGCUGUGACACGCAUAUGAAAAAACCUCUGAAACAAAAACACACAUCAAAAAAAAAGGGAAAAUGCCAUUGAAGUUCUGGACCACGCAGCUGCGUUUUUCGAAACUGAGGUUACUCUAAAAUAAUAACUCACGCGUUUGCAUCUGCAGUGAUUAUCCCCUUGUAAAAAACAAGGACACUAAAGAAUUCAAACCAACCCCUAAAAAAGAAAACAAGUUCCGAAAACCUCGCCGAGGACGUUGAGGAGACGGCGUGGACAAACGUCGGAAAAAGAACGUGAGGGGAACAGAAAGAGACGCAGCCAUGCUGUGGGCUGCGCUGCUCGCGUUGCAGGGCGUGUGUGUGGGCGCUGCACACGGCAUGCAGCACUACCCGGCGGCGUGGGGCCACUACGACGUGUGCAAGUCCCAGAUCUACACCGAGGAAGGCCUGGCCUGGGACUACAUGGCCUGCCAGCCGGAGGCCGUCGACAUGACAAAGUACCUGCGUGUGACCAUCGACCCCCCCAACAUCACGUGUGGCGACCCUCCGGAGACGUACUGCGCACUGGAGAAUCCGUACAUGUGCAACAACGAGUGUGACGCCUCCACGGAAGAGCUGGCCCACCCCCCGGAGCUGAUGUUUGACUUUGAGGGCCGCAACCCCACCACCUUCUGGCAGUCCACCUCGUGGAAGAAGUACCCCAAGCCGCUGCAGGUCAACCUCACCCUGUCCUGGAACAAGACCAUCGAGCUGACGGAUGACAUCAUCCUCACGUUCGAGUCGGGCCGUCCGGAGCAGAUGGUGCUGGAGAAGUCCCUGGACCAGGGCCGCACCUGGACGCCCUACCAGUUCUACGCCACCGACUGCCUGGACGCCUUCACGAUGGAGCCUAAGACGGUGAACGAGCUAACGCAGCGCACCCUGCUGGACAUCAUCUGCACCGAGGACUACUCCCGCGGCUACGUGUGGAAGAACGACAAGACGGUGCGCUUCGAGAUCAAGGACCGCUUUGCGCUGUUCGCAGGGCCCCGCCUCCACAACAUGGCCUCUCUGUACGGACAGCUGGACACCACCAAGACCCUGAGGGACUUCUUCACCAUCACGGACCUGAGGAUUAGGCUGCUGAAGCCCGCUACCGGAGCUACCAUGGUGGACGAGAACAACCUGUCAAGAUACUUCUACGCAAUCUCCGACAUCAAGGUCCAGGGCAGGUGCAAGUGCAACCUGCAUGCCAACACCUGUGUGUACGACAAAGGGAGGCUGGGCUGUGAGUGUGAGCACAACACCACAGGACCCGACUGCAGCCGCUGUAAGAGACAUUACCACGGCAGGGCCUGGAGCGUGGGCUCCUACCUGCCCAUACCAAAAGGAACGGCCAAUAUAUGUAUUCCCAGUGGUCACGGAGCUUCAGAUCGGGCAAAUGCUUCAUCCCUUGGUGUUGCAAAUCGUAACCAAGCGCGGGUGUGCGACAACGCGAUGCUGCGCUGUCAGAACGGCGGCACCUGCCACCACCACCAGCGGUGCCACUGCUCUGCGGGCUUCACCGGCGUCCUGUGCGAGAGGGCGCGCUGCUCGGGGGGCGAGUGCGACGGCCAGUCGUCCGGACAGGACCCCCUGCUGCUGCUGCUGCUGCAGCCCAGCCACCACAGCGGCCCCCUGGGGGCCCUCGCCGCCCUGGCGCUGCCCCUGUUGUCCAUGACGCUCUGCUGAGGAGGGGGGAGGGAGGCGUGGGGCGUGGGGGCGUAGCUGAC